GUGGUGCCUUUCCACUCAAACAAGACUGUGUAGCAUCUAUUCAACUCCAAAAUUGCCAGCACAACCCUGAAAAUCACUGGAUAGAAAUGGCUCUAUUGGAUGUGUGUCCAACUGAGGAUGCAGUUCAGGUAUUCAUAGAACACUUGGUUGAUCCAUUGCUGCCAGCAAAAUCAUUUGUCCGAGAUAAUCCCACACCUUCUCAACAGGAAUCAGUUGCAAAACAGAUGCAUUCUGUUGUCUUACUGUACAACUACUACCACCGAAAACAUCAUCCAGAACUAGCAUAUUUUCCAUUUAAUGAAUUUUGCAAGUUGGCUGUGGUUCUGAGGCCACCUUUAUUAGCAUAUAUGCAAUUCAUGCAAAAGUUCAAUGAAGCAGAGCUCAUUGAUAUGCAUCCUAAUAUAGAAGGAUGGCCCAUUUCGAAAGUUGCUAUCCUUUUAAUCGACAGUGAGAAGGAGUUCUGCUUUUUGCUGUUUGGUUCCAUAACUAGGGGAGUAUGGUCUGUGGUUGAAAAAGUCAUUAGAAAGCCUGUGAUAGAUGAAUUGAAUGUUGAUGAAGCUGGAUUUCUGCAAGUUGGGUAUUCUGCUGUAAAGGAAGCCACAGGUAUCAAUAACACUGAUAUCAUGCUCUUGGAAAGCUACACUGUCUAUUCUCAGAGCAAAGAAAAGGAAGCUUCUCGCUUUUAUAUAAUGCAGUGCUCCCAGUUGAUCGAUCAGGAGAUUAUUCAAGUUCCUCUGAAAGAUGUAAUUGAAAGCUUGCAGGGUCCUUUGGUCAAAAGGAGUUCUAGCAGUUGGAUGAUAACUCCAGUUGUCGAUUACUUCCACGUGCUUCCUUAUUCUGAAAUAGUCUCUGAGUGGAUUUCUAGGCUCCUUAAAAAACUUGAUUUAAGAAGCAUUCUCAAAUGGUUUGCAUGAUUCAAGAGUAACAGAGAAAAAUAUAAUGGUGAACAGCCCUGAAGUGAUAGAAUCGGGAC